AUGGAAAGCUCAUCUGUACCUCUCCAUCACCAGGACUGCAGCAUGCACCAGACCUGUACCACCUUGUACCAAUGCGGCUACCUCAGCUCUGAGGGAUACAGCAGUCUUUCUCCUGCAUCUUCCAUUGACUGCUGUUGCCUUUCUCCACCAUAUCUCCAUUACCCAUCAUCUCAGGAGGCCUAUGUUAAUAUUUCUUCAAGUUGUCCUCAUACCAUAGCUCAACCUAAAACUUCUUUAGAAAAGAAAAGCAAGAAGAUGAAAGGAAAGCUGCCAUAUGGUCAAAGGCAAAGUGCAAGUGAACGAGAGAAGAUGAGGAUGAGGAACCUCUCCAAAGCACUGCAGAAUCUCAGAAGAUAUCUCCCUCCUUCAGUGGCUCCAGCAGACAAGACCUUGACCAAAAUUGAAACUCUUCAGUUGACAAUCCUCUAUAUCUCUCAUCUGUCUGCACAGCUGGGACUUAGCGAAGACGUCCUGAAGCAAAGAAGACUAACUACAAUGCAGAGAACUAACAGAUGCCCACAAGGCCUUAACUUUUGCAUGGAUAUGACUCAUCCACUUUGCUCAGAGCCGAUAGAAGAAAAUAUUAUACAUUUUGCAGCAUCAGCAGAGCCCAUUGCUGCGACAAGACCUAUGCCUGUUGAAUCUGGGCUGCAGAAUACACACACAAGCUACCAGCUGCAAUACGAGUUGCCACCACUGACCCCUCUACAUCAGUAUCCAACAACAAGUACGGCGUUGUCCCAGAUAACUAAUGAAUAUGAUGUCACAGGUCAUCAGCAGAUGGUCACAUGUGAAGAGUACACGAAUCUGGUGGAGAUGUGGAGGAAAGAACAAUCUCAUGCCUGA